AGCAUGCUGGACCGAAGACCACAGUUCAACGCCCAAAAUGGCGGCCCGAUUGAAAAGUUUUGCCAGUUUUAUCCGAGUUUGUCUUCUUAACAGACUAUUUCUUUAGUUGUGUUUGCUGCACUGACGCAUACCGUUUCCACACUGGUGACACGCCGGCUUUUUUUCUAGUGGUUGUGGAAUAAGGCAAAAAUCAGGAUGGCGUUUUGCUAUCAGCUCAAUUUCGGGCAUCACUUUACCAAUGCUAUGCUAAGCUAAGCUAGGCUAGCAAGCUAACUACUUUCAGAUGAGUGUUGGUUAAAAGCUUCGGUAGCUAGCUAGUUAUGUCUUGUCUCACCUGGAUCUCAACGUUGAACUGAAUAUGAAGGAAAAGACAUUUACAUAGAAAUGGAGGAUGAUGUGAAAAAAGUGAAAAAGCCUGGUAUCGUGUCUCCGUUCAAGCGAGUCUUCCUGAAAGGAGAAAAGGGGAGGGACAAGAAGGCCCAGGAGAAGGCCACUGAGCGCAGGGCGCUCCACACCUUCUCACUCUCUCAACCUGACCACCGUAUCGACCCUGACAUCCUGCUUAAUGACUACAUUGAAAAGGAAGUCAAAUACUUGGGGCAGCUGACAUCAAUUCCAGGAUACUUGAACCCAUCAAGUCGAACAGAAGUGCUGCAGCUCAUUGACAAUGCAAGGAAGUCCCAUCAGUUGGCAGGCCAGCUGACAUCAGAGCAGGAUGCCGUGGUGAGCCUGUCGGCGUACAACAUAAAGCUUGUUUGGCGCGAUGGAGAGGACAUCAUCCUGAGAGUGCCCAUCCAUGAUAUCGCUGCUGUCUCCUACAUCAGGGAUGACUCUAUGCACCUCGUGGUGAUCAAAACAGCCCAGGAGUCGGGAGGUUCUCCUUGUCCCAGCUCGUGUCCUGAUCUCAACAAGUCUCAGACCCUGAGCUCCUUGUCAGAGAGUGGAGCUGUGCUUGUGGAAGUCUGCUGUCUGCUUGUGCUGGCCGUUGAUAAUAAGGCAGCAGCAGAGGAGCUGUGUCUGUUGCUCAGCCAGGUCUUUCAGAUUGUUUACACUGAAUCAACCAUCGACUUCUUGGACAGAGCCAUUUUUGAUGGAGCAACUACACCCACCCGACAUCUUUCUCUAUACAGUGAUGAUUCUUCAAGCAAAGUGGAUGUUAAGGAGCCCUUCGACGCAGAAGCCAGCACGUUUCCUUUCCAGGGCUCUAUGGAGGCAGAAGAAAACUCCCCCUCAGCCUCCACCCCAGCAUCCCCUCAGACGAAGACCGCGAGUGAAGGAGAGCUCAGCACCACUGCUGCAGAGCUGCUGCAGGACUACAUGACCACACUGCAAACUAAACUGUCAUCAAAGGAGAUCCAGCAGUUUGCCACCCUGCUCCAUGAAUACCGAAACGGUUCGUCCAUCCAUGAGUUCUGCAUUAACCUGCGACAACUCUACGGGGACAGCAGGAAGUUUCUUCUACUCGGCCUGCGUCCCUUCAUACCAGAGAAGGACAGCCAGCACUUUGAGAAUUUCCUCGAGACCAUUGGUGUGAAGGACGGCCGAGGCAUAAUUACAGACAGCUUUGGUCGAUACCGGCGUACAGCCAGCUCCGCCUCCGAUUCCACCACCAACGGCAACGGAGCAGUGGGAGGAAGCGCCGCCUCAGACGAAGGACAGGAAGCCUCCGAAGGAGACGAAUGGGACCGUAUGAUCACUGACAUCAGUAAUGACAUCGAAGCUCUCGGCUGCAGUAUGGACCAGGAGGGAGUGACACCCUGACAUGGUGAACAAAGGGAGGUAUUUUUUUUUUUUUUUUGCAA